UGAAUAACGCGCAAGUGUAUCCGAAUAAUGCGGCGAGUCUAUCACCACCUUUUUUAUCACCUUUAAAAUCCGUACACCUUUGCCAUUCUCGCUUUCACAAACGAAACCCCAUCCCACCGCACACCACUCCAUUCUCUCUUUCCCCUCUUAUUCUAAGACCCUUUGUUUGGUUCUCGAGAAAAUUUCCAGGAUAUCAGAGAACCUAACUAUUGGGGACCUAAAUUAAUAUUAAAUCUAUAAUUAUAUUAAAACUAGGAAAAUUUAUUUUAUAUAUACGCAUACCAUUAUUACUUAUUCGUUCACUCCAAACGGUCUUUUCUUUUUUCGGAUUUAUUAUAUUAGGGCUUGAGGGUAAUCUGAUUUAAAAUUUUCAUUUGAAUAGUUUAGAAGAGAUGAAAUUCGGGGAGACAUUUAAAGAGUAUUUGAUGAAGGAGCAAGAAGGAUUUAUUAAUAAUUGCUCGCAUGUUGAGUAUAAGCGGCUCAAAAAAGUUCUCAAGAGUUGUCGGAAUUGUAAACCAUUGGAGGAUUUUUACGAUGACGACACUGAAGCUGCUAAGCAACAAUUGUGUCAAUGUCAAGCCUGCCCAUUGUGUGAUCAGGCAUUUUUCUCAGAGCUGAUGAAGGAAGCCUUAGAUAUUGUUGGAUGUUUUAGUUCCAGAGUUAGACACCUCCUUCAUCUUCACAUUUCCACUGGAAUGCAGAGAUACUUAAUGCAAUUGCGUAAAUGUUUCAAGAAUGAUCAGCAAAACAUGGUAGAAGAAGGAAAGAUGCUGAUUGAAUAUGCUACAAUGAAUGCAAUUGCAAUCAGAAAGAUCCUUAAGAAGUAUGAUAAAAUACAUAGCUCUGAAAAUGGCAAGAAUUUCAGAUCAAAGAUGCAAUCAGAACAUAUUGAACUUUUGCAAUCACCUUGGCUUAUUGAAUUGGGUGCUUUUUAUCUAAACCUGGACACAUCGGAUGGGGGACAUGUCAGUGAGCUUUCUGGACAUUUUUCCUGUGAUCUUAAUGCCACGCCACCUGUAAUGACCAUGAUGCUUCCAGAUUCUAAAAAGUUGGACUAUGAUCUUACUUGUGCUGUAUGCUUGGAAAUUGUUUUCAAUCCAUGUGCUUUGGGCUGUGGUCAUCUUUUCUGCAAGUCAUGUGCUUGCUCAGCUGCUUCAGUGAUGAUCUUCCAAGGACUAAAAGCGGCAAGUAGGGAAUCAAAGUGCCCAAUUUGCAGAGAGGCUGGAGUAUAUACUAAAGCAGUGCAGAUGUUGGAACUAGAUAUGCUCUUAAAAAGAAGUCACUUUGCAGGUCCAAGGACUACUGGAAGGAGAGAAUGAAUGCAGAAAGAGUGGAAAUCUUGAAGCAAACCAAGGAGUUUUGGGAUUCACAGACCAAGUAUUUGAUUGGGUAUUGAUGAUGCUUUUCUCUCCAUACCCCACAAAACACCAUAUGGGACCAAACAGUUCGAUGGUGGUUUUGAACCUUAGUUUUAAAAAUGAUUUUUUUUAGUGCUCAAUAAAGCUGAUUGAUUUGUGUAAGAUAAAAGUGCUAUGAACGCAUCGAAACAUCAGUGGAUGUCCUUUUUAUAGUUGGUUGCAUAAGUGGCUUUUCAUGAAUGUAUCUUCUUACUUGUGUUUA